AUGUAUGCCAGUCGAGGUCGAAGAAAUUCAAUUUACGCUGUGAAAUUAAUUACGAAGUUCGACUGUGAUUCGUAUGUUUGCAUAUGUGGAUUUCCGCGAACAAGUAAAGCUCUUGUACCUACACAGAAGUCAGUGAAUAACUAUAUGCAAACUUUCAGUGCUGGUAAAAAACAUUUAUGGUGCCACAAGUGUUCAGUGGAAGAUUGCAAGCAAGUGCAAUAUUGUUCUUCAUACUACACCCAAGUUCCCGGUGAUAGUGAUGGUGAUGCCGAAGAAGAAGGUUUCCGACUGGCCGCUAGUUCUACCACCGAUUCUACAACCAGUUCUACCCCGGCUCCUCUACGAGAAGCUAUAUUUUUUCAACGUCCCAAUUACACAACGCCUAGUCCCGUCAAAGAAUUGGCUAUUGCUAUGAAAGCUAUCACUACUGGUCUACUAUUUCAACCUGGAUUAAAAAAUAACUUGACGAUAUUUUACGAUAACGUGUAUUCCGAAACUAAAAAUGGAUCAGCAAAAAUGGAAGGUCUAGGAAAUAAUUCUGAAAUCAAUUCCCCAGAUCCGCCUUUAGUAACAGAAGCUGUCCGAGCUGAAAGCAAACAAAAAAAUAUCAUGUUGUCGAGAAAUAUUACCGAACCGAAUGUUGAACCAUUUGUUGAUAAUGUUUAUGUAGGAGAAUUGAGACAUGAACCGCGUUUUAAAGUUAUUCGUAAUGAGUACUCAAACAUAGAAAGUGAAAGUGAUGAAUAUUAUUCUGAUGAAGAAAGAACUGACAAUGAUGAUAUGUUGGGAAAGUGUAUCGUGCUGGGUGGUGAUGACUUUUUUAGAAGUGAUUGCGUUCACAAAAAUGUCACAUGCGCUACGUAUUCAGAGGAACAAAACGUAACCAAUGUGAAAAACUUGAAAUGCCAAAUUUGCGCGAACGAUUUGUGCAACGUUGUGCAGUUGUUGAGUGGAGUUGAGGUGCACGCAGGAAACAUUUUUUUGGUGGCUACUAGUGACGUGAAGCGAAAUAUACCGCCAUCCCCUUGGCCCGAUGUCGGCUCCUAA